CUGACCUAGUUUCAGCGGUGUUCUUAAAUUCUGAUAUAAUUAGCUGGAGAUUAAAUGCGACACUACAGUGUGACGAAUAAAUGCAGUACUGAAGAAUUGACAUUUUCUCCAUCGAAACGAGUCAUACCUCAUGGUUACUGUAUAAAAGAUGAUUUGGACUGGAGACCCCAUAAUGUAGCAUUGAAUCCAAUCUACUCAGAUUAUGGCUUAGAUUGGUCAUCUAAAUUACGUCAUAUUGAAGCAUACAAAGAUGAGGAAAGAAGUGAUGAGAAUAUUUGGCCAGAAUUAUCAAGUCAUUUAAAGACUUUUCCAGAAUUGAACACUCAUGGACUGAGUCCAGAAUGGUUAGUGUAUACUAAUGGCUAUUCCACUGGGAAGAAGUGUCUAUUCAAUGGAGUGCACCAACGUAGUGUUUAUUGUGGCAAGGAAUAUACCUUCGACUGUUAUUUUACGCAUAAAAGAAGAGGCGAUGAUAUUGAACAGAACAAUGGUAUUGUAAAUCCAAUGAGACCAGGCGAUAAGCCCUAUGGUGCUGUAGAAUACUCAUCAGACUUUUAUAAAAUUGAUUCAGCUGUCCCAAAAGUUCAAUUUGGUUUGAUAACUCAUAUUCCGAAACGAAUUGAAGUCCCGAGAAUUCCAGUCGAUUCAACCAUGAUAAAAUCAACAGAGACUGAGGCAAACAAAGUCUUAGCGUCUAUACGUAAAGAAAUAUCUGAUCUGGAUGACUGGAAACCUGCUCCAACUCUGACAGAAACCAUUUCAUCGGUUAAAUUCUCAAGGAAGUAGGAGAAUACACUACUGACACUACGUUUAGUCAUUUUUCUCAAAGAAAAAAUAUACCACUUACAAUUAAAGUUGAAAAAAAUUCCUUUAAAAUCUAAGUAGUGUAUAUCUCUUCACACUUCAGUGUAAAAGUACUUUCACAGGUUACAUAGUUUGUCCGAUAAGGAGGAUAAAACUGAUAGUUUAGCGGUGGACGGUUUAAAACCAGUAGAAAGAAAACUUAGCAAUUUUUUAUACCUAACGUUUAUUUCUUUUCACUUGUUCUCGCUUACGCCUUUUGUAUCUUCAGUUUCAUACUACUUGGUAUUUUUGAGUAGUAUAGUCAUGUUUUAUUAUAAUGUUGCUACAUUUACAUCAUUGACUGUUCAUUCUGUUCAAUGGUAUCUUGUCCACCAUUUAACAUGCAUAGAUAUUAGUAUAUUUCAUAGUCCAUGAUGGUGUUGUAGUUUCUUUUGUUGUUCUCUGAUGUUCUAUUUUAUCUUGGACAUUUGUUUAUCUUACUUCUUUACCUCAUCGUGAGAACUUACGCUUGUCCUUUAUAUUCCCUUCUGAUAGCUUGGACACAGCUUUGCUGUUUUCACUGUUUACACACUCUUUGCAAAGCUAUUUGAUAGCGAUAAACCCUAAUAUGUCCCAAGAUUCGAGGUC